AUGGCGUCCACGCUGCGCAAUGGCAUGCGCUUUGCGGUGUAUGGUGUGCCAAUGAAUUUACUUGCACGAUCUCUGGAGAAUACGCCACAACCUAUUACGUUGCCAUAUUUGUUGGCACAUGGUGGACAACCAGGCAAAGCGCCCACGACUGAUGAACUGCUCCGAUCGGCUAAAUACACACAACAGGAAUUGCCUGUGCGUCUUGCUCGGCGAGUGCGACAGUUUUACUCGCUUCCUUUUAUAAUUGGCACCAACCCGUACAUCCAAGAAGUCGCUAGGUUAUAUGCGUCUUCAUUCCAACAACUGGCAGAAUUUUCGCCUGUCCACACGCUGGAGGACAAUGAUCGUUUCGCUCAGAAGCUUCGACUACUCGUGGAAGAGCACGCAGAUCUGGUGCCUACGUUAGCGCGCGGAUUUAUGGAGUGUAAAAAAUACAUGGAUUCUGUGCGCAUAUCGAAAUUUCUUGAUGCAGCGUUGCACAGUCGUAUAGGCAUACGAAUUAUUGCCGAGCAGCACCUGGCCCUUUCAGAAGCCGCGAGAAAGUCCAGAGAUGGCGCUGAUGUAUCGAGUUUAUCUAAGUCGCCUACUUCUGUGGGUAUUAUAGACACGCAGAUGUCGCCCGUGUACGUGAUCCGAUCUAGUGGCGAGUAUGUUCGUGCACUAUGUGAGGCGACAUACGAUAUGGCACCAGAGAUCAAGUUUGAGGGUGAUUUGGAAGCACGAACUGUCGGCAUCCCUGUACAUUUGGACUAUGUAAUGACGGAGUUACUGAAGAAUUCGUUCCGUGCCACGACUGAGACAUUCCUCACACGGCAUCCAGGUGGCUCGGCUGAAGAUAUGCCUCCGAUAACCGUAACACUUGCAAGUGCUCAAGGACAUAUUACUGUGCGCAUACGUGAUGAAGGCGGUGGAAUUCCUCCGGAAAACAUGUCGCAGAUUUUCAGUUACGCCUUCACCAGUGUCCAACCCCAAGAUACCAACGAAUCAAUGGCCGGCGACGAUAGUGACGUAACGGGCAGUGCAUUGAGCAGUAGCAUGGGUACACUAGCUGGCCUUGGUUACGGCUUGCCCCUGUCGCGCCUAUACUUGGGAUAUUUUGGAGAAAGCAGUCUCGACAUUAUGAGUUUGUACGGAUAUGGCUGCGACACAUUUGUCAAAUUAUCCAAGCAUAUUGGUGAGUCGAAAGUGCAGAUUUAG